AUGAUGAACCAUAACUCUCAAAAGAUUUUGCAGCAAUUGCCAAUAGGCUCUAUUCCUGCCUCUCCAGCACACUCUCCAUCAAGACCAGCCCUUAGUCUUAACACAGCUACCAUAAACCAGCAAGUCUCUCAUCUUCAUCAUCAACAACAACAACAACAACAACAACAACAACAUCUUCAUCCUCAUCAUCAUCAACAUCAACAUCAACAUUCUCGUACAGGUCCUAUUGUUCCAGCAUGUAAUCGACCAAACCAGCAAAAUACUUGCCAACAUAAUAAUAAUACCAUUCUUCACCAAAAUCACCAACAUCACCAACAUCACCAACAUCACCAACUUCAUCAACAACAUCAACACAACCACCACCAUGCUCAUUCUUACAGUGGCCUGCCUUCUCCUGAAACUUUUUACACUCCAGCAGAACCAGUCCAACCAGCUUUUUCUUCUUUUUCUGCUAGUAGACCUUCUCAGGCUUCUCGUGCAGUAAACUUUUCACGUCCUUCUCCUUUCCACAAUAAUAAUAAUAAUAAUAAUAAUAAUAAUACAUCUUCCUCUCAUAUUGACCAGCAGCAUUCUCCUAUAGACGUGGUUCCUUCCUCAUCUUCUUCCUCCUCAUCUUCUUCUUCUUCAUCAUCAUCUUUUAACUCUUCUUCGAACUCAUCUUCUAACUCUUCUUCUACUUCUUCAAACAUAAACUCAUGUCCAAUGAACCCACCUCCAAAACUUCGUGGUCCUCAGGACUCGUACCAUCGUCGGUUUUCACUUCGUAAACCUGAGGAUGCUACAAUUACCACAAAUAGUUCUAAUACUGUUGUUGCUUCAGCUGCUAUUGCUGCUAUUGCUGCUAUUGCUGCUAUCCCUGACAAUACACUUACAACUACUUUAGACUCUGGACCUUACCGAUCCAUAUCUGUUUCUCCUCAAACUUCCAAUUCUGCAAUCACCCUGGCUCAAGAUUCUACUGGAACUCUACCUCCAUCUUCAACCUCUUCUAUUACUACAACUUUAUCAUCACUACCCCCUGAAGCCGUGCAGGUCUCGGCUGACCGCCACAAAAGUAUGGCUGUAGUGACUGAUGGUAGACCCCUAGAUGGUUGCAUUUACCACAUGGAAUGCUUUUGUUGCUACGAUUGCGGGAAACAAUGUUCUGCAAAAUUCUUCCCCGUUGAGGCUCCUGUGGAAAUUCCAGAAACAAAUAACCUCAUCCCCCUCUGCGAACAUGAUUAUUUUGGAAGACAAGAUCUACUCUGUUGUGUAUGCGAUGGUGCUCUCCGCGGGUCUUACAUUACCGCAUUGGGCAAGAAGUAUCAUGUCGAACAUUUUACCUGUUCUCUCUGCUCAACUGUUUUUGGAAAUGAUGACAGUUAUUAUGAGCAUGAAAAUAGCAUUUACUGUCGUUACCACUAUUCUACUCUCUAUGCUGCAAAGUGUGAGGGUUGCAAAACUGCAAUUCUCAAACAAUUUGUAGAACUUUUCAGAGGUGGUCGUGAACAACAAUGGCACCCAGAAUGUUAUAUGAUUAACAAGUUUUGGAAUGUAAUGAUUUCCCCCACACGUCUCCAUGUUUACGAUAAUCAAGACUCUAAGGAACCUCUUGAUAAUGAGCCUCCCAAAUCCCCAAACCCUGAAACCCGCGAGUUGGUUUUACAAACUGAACAAGAUGCUGAACGUAAGGCUUUCCAUAUUUGGUCUGUGCUCUGUGGGUAUGAAGAAGCUACAGCAGCAUGCAUUUCUGAUAUGCUUCAAUUUGCAACCUCUUCAAGAUAUAAUGAUGCUCUGCUAGCCACUGCACGACUUGUGGCUAAGAUUGAAGUGUUACUUUCUGCAAUUGACAUUUUAAUUGCUCAUGUCGAUCCACUGCUUAGUGCUCUGAGAAGCAUAGACGAGUCACUUCCUGAAGAAUUGGCUGAUGAAGAUCCAGAGUUUUUAAACCUGAUUGAGUCGGUGCGUAAUGCUGGCUUUACUCAGCUUUAUAAGGAGCCCAAAACUUUGUGCAAAAAAGUGGUGAGCUUCAUGUCUCUUUUAUCCAAGAGUAGAGACCGCAGCGUUAAAACAUCUGGAAUUUCACAUGAACUCUUGGACUCUGUCACCAGUAUGGCACAUUACUUGAAGCUCCUCAUUCGAUACGGAUUGUCCAACUCUUUACGAUAUGAUCGGGCUUUCCCUCCAGGAAAUUUGGUGGCGAUUUUCCUCGACAAGGUGGCUACACAUGAUCAAAUUCCUGCAAACCCCUUGGAAACGCUGUCCAUUUCUGGAAAGGCUAAUGACAAGUGUCUAGCGUGUGAAGACUCUACAGAAGACGAUUGUGCAGUUUUGGACGAUAAUAAGCUGUGGCAUUUAGACUGUUUGGCUUGCAGUAAGUGUCAUAAGCCCCUGGGUUCAUGCGUCAAGGAUGCGCGCUACCUUACAAAGGAAAAGGUGGUUGUAUGCACAAGUUGUUUAAAGCCUGAUGAGGAAUCGUUGGACAACUUUGUGGUGGUGACUAAGCUUAACCAGUUUAUUUACUUGGUUAAGAUUGCCUUGGCUAGGUUGAGACUGGUUCUCAAAUCGUAUGACAAGCGUGAUGCUAAUAAAGCUGCUGCUGCUGCCGCUGCUGCUGCUGCUGCUGCUAAUGUUACUGCUCCUCCACCUCUUCGCAUUCAAGAUUCACGACCAGUUAUGAGUCCUCGACGUUCUUCCAACUCUGUUCCUUUGGUUUCUACAAGUUCAUCAUCAUCAUCUUCAAAGGGCAAGUCAUCUAAAACUGGCAAUACUGUUACUUCUACCUCUACUACUGCUGUUCCUCCACCUGCAGAUAAUUACAUGACUACACUAAAGGACAUUCGCAAGCUGCGAUCAACUCGGCUAAGCCAACGGCUUUCUGAAUCUUCCCGACGCGCACGCAGAUCGCGCAUUUUGGAUAUCCCCGAUGGUGAACAUGGGUUACUUGGGAAGAAUGAUUCGUCUACUUCUUUGCCUGGUCCUCAGCAGCAAUCCCCACAGCAACUAGUUAAGAUGCACAAUCAAGGAAUUCCUUCAAGAGUUCCUGAAGCAAAAGAAGACAAUAUUUUGGAAAAUGUACCAAUGGAAUCGUCUCCACCUAGCAGUUUCUCUAAAAGCCGUGGACGUAAGUUUAGUUCAGGUAGCCGGCGGCGACGGUUAAUGAUUGAAGAAGAUCCCAUCAACAGAGAAUACACUCAGUUGGAUCGCACCACUGAUUUGCUCAAGAGUGAAAAAUCGCUGAUUCUUGAUGAUAUCCCUCGUAUUGUGGCUGCCGAGCAGGCACGCGAGUUGCGACCUAAUGCAUACCGUCAUCGACGACAAGACAUGAAUACGGAUGAAGAUGUUCCUGUACAGGAUGUUCAUGAAAAGAAGCCUGUGACUGAAAAGUUUAUGUCAGACUUGACACCAGAGGAACUGUUUAUUGUUCGACACAUUGCAGUUUCACAGUUGCACCCUCUUGUUUCUACAUGGUAUACGCUGGAAGAGCUGUGCGAUGUUAUUGGAGUGCGCAAGGCGCCUAGCCUUUGGGACAAGUUUAAUAAAGCGUUUAGUCUGAAUGACCGAUCUGCUGCAGACGACAAGCGGCGGCCACGCAAGACUGGUGUGUUUGGUGUUUCGCUAGAGCAGCAAGUUGAGCAGUAUGGAGUUGAUUCGAUUUUUGGGGUUGGUCCCAAUCCAUUGCGGAUUCCAGCAUUUGUGGAUGAAUGCAUUUCGGCGAUGCGACAAAUGGAUAUGAGUGUUGAGGGUGUUUUCCGGAAAAAUGGUAAUAUUCGACGAUCGAAGGAACUUGCGACAAUGGUGGAUAAUAACCCAGAUUAUGCUGGGCUGUUUACUGACGAAAAUCCGAUUCAGUUGGCGGCACUGUUUAAGCGGUACUUGAGAGAGCUUCCUGACUCGCUAAUGACAUUUAAACUGCAGAAGCUGUGGGUGAAUUCACAAGAGAUUGUUGAUGUUGAAGAGCGGGUCCGGGUGAUGCACUUGGGAUGUUGCAUUCUUCCUGGAGCACACCGAGAUGUGAUGGAGGUGCUUUUUUACUUUUUGUUUUGGACUGCUUCGUUUUCACAUAUUGACGAAGAGUCUGGGUCAAAGAUGGACAUUCAUAACUUGUCUACUGUGAUUACGCCUAAUAUUUUGUAUACGCGGAAGCGAGAGAAUGGGCAGACAGACUCAUCUGAAGGAUACUUUUUGUCGAUUGAAGCAGUCAAUACACUUAUUCGGGAGUAUGAUCGGUUUGCCAAGGUGCCUGCCGAGGUGCUUGAUAUUCUUCAUGGAGAGUUUGGGAUGAAUGAAGAGAGUGGAAAUAGCACUGGGGGUAUUGGAGGUGGAGCUACUACUACGACUAGUGUUGGGAAUUUACCUUCAAAGGAGAUUUUUGCACGAAUCGAACAAUACCGGACAAGUCAAGGCAGUGCAAUGCCGGUCUCGAGUGCAGUUGUGACUGUGGCAAGAGAGGGACCUGCAGGGACUGAUGGCGGACUAGUUGCUGUACAGCAGACAGUUAGUAGCAGCAAUAAUGGAACGAGUGCUGAAGAUGGCAAUAGUGAUGAGGCAAAAUGA